GAAGCCUAUCCUAUAGACUUCCCGUCCGUGUUUGUUUACAUCACGCCCAGACGGCUUGCACCGGGGCAGACGUACAUAUCAGAGACAUUUCCCCUCAGUGCAUACCGACAAACCUCAGACAUACAGCUCUUCAGCUGCAGUGCCCCAUCUUUCAUCUUACCCGCAGCAAGAACACCCGGCACCAUGAUGUUUGAAGACUUAGGCUCCGCGGCUGACGACUUCUCUCGACGUUGCUCUCUCCCUGGCGUGCGUUCCAUCUCCAGUGCGUCCAGUACCACAGACAUGACCGACGACCGCCGCCUGCCCCCGCUCCCACGCGUGGAUCCGCUGCCUCGGGGCCCCUUCAAUCCCUUCACCUCCAAUAUCUUUGCUACCAGUCCCCCUAGCUCCCAGGAUGCGGUCCUCGUCAAGUCCCAAUGGCCAGGAGCCGAGCACAUUGUGGCUCCUCCGUCACCAGCCACCUCCGCCGAUAGUUCCUGGCCAGAACCCGCACAGUCCCAGAAAGUCUUUGAGUGGCCGCGCGAGCUUUCCACAGAUGAGCUCCUGAACCUGAUCGCUCCCAAGCACAUCAACCGCAAGCCACCGUUGCAGCAAUUGUGUGGACGGAAGCGCAAGGGAAGCAUGAUUUCUGCGGAUCCGGAUGAUCAGAGAGAGAAACACAGGAUUGCCGAGGGUAACCGACGAAAGAACCUCAGCCAGAUACUCCGUGACCUGGACAGCCGCCUUCAUGACUUUUUUCUCGAACGAGCAGGGUGGAACCCCUCCAAAAGCCUACCAGAAUCGAAGGAGCACAUUGUGCAAGCCGCCAUCUUUCUCAUCGACUUCAUGCUCCUGAUCAUCGUGCACUUGAUCCGCUUGGAGAACGAGCUGCCACGCCAGCUGUCGGAGAAGCUGCAGCCCCAGAUCCGCUGCAUGCAGCUGCAGCAACUGAUCUCAAGCCUUCAGCAGCAGAACCAGACGAUCCAGCAGCAGAACAAGGCCUUGAAACAAGAGCUCCAGAUGUCGGAGGAGCGCAAUCGGGCGCUCGAGCUUCAGCUGAAGUCAUACGAGCACAUGUUCCGAUCGCCCAAGAGCGAGCACCUGACUUCUCAGCCCCUGACCCAUCUUACCGACGCGAAGCCACGCAACAUGCUCCCUGGGUUGCGGGUGUUCUGCGAUGAGAUUGCCGCCAGCAGUCCUGAUUCCUCCCGCCUAGAGCCUGUCCCCACGGGGCCCUCCCACUCUUUCGGACAUGCGUACCUCACACACACUCCUCCGAUCACGGGGCCCUCUUCGCCGGUGUUUGCACACGCGUCGUAUUCGGUGCCGGUAUCACGGCGCCAAUCCCUCAACCCGUCACCUUGAACUGAUGCGUCUUUUCAGGAUCACUAAAGGAGGACUUUCGGUCCCUUGUCAUGAUUCUCCUUGAGUCAAAUGUUAGAGCGGCUGUUGUGCGGUCGAUU